CGCCUAGUAGCCUACUUACAGGAGUCAGUGUAGCACACACAUCCGCGGACUUGGAGCAAAGAGGCAAAGGCCCACACCCGGGGAUAGGCACCGUCCAUUCUGCUAGGAAACCAGGCAGCGAAAGACCCCGACGUUACCUGAAAAAGACCAUAUUACAACCCGUCAUCAUAUCACAGAAGAACAACACCACAGCACAGCCAUGUCCCGCCGCCUCGAAGGAAAGGUCGCCAUCGUCACGGGGGCAGCGUCCGGGUUCGGCAAGGGCAUCGCCGCCAAGUUCGUCGCGGAGGGCGGCAAGGUGAUCGUGGCAGACCUGUCCGCCGAGGCCGGGCAGGCGGUGGCCGACUCACUGGGCGGCGCCUCGGCGGCGUUCCAGCGGGCCGACGUCACCAGGCGCGAGGACUGGGAGCAGCUGCUGCGGGCGGUGACGGAGAAGUUCGGCGGGCUGGACGUUGUGGUCAACAACGCGGGGACGACGUACCCGAACAAGCCGACGGAGCAGGUGACGGACGCGGACUUUGACGUCACCUUUAAUGUUAACGUCCGGUCCAUCUAUCUGUCGACCAGCGUCCUCCUCCCUUACUUCCUCGAGGGCGGCGGGCGCCCUGGUGUCUUCAUCUCGCUGGCGUCGACGGCGGGGGUCAGGCCGCGGCCCGGGCUGGCGUGGUAUAACGCGUCCAAGGCGGCGGUCAUCAACGCCACCAAGUCGAUGGCUGUCGAGUACGGGCCCAGGAAGAUCAGGUUCAACUCUGUGUCGCCUGUGUUUGGCAGCGGCACGGGCCUGUCUUCGUCUUUCCUGGGCAAGCCGGAUACCGAAGAGAACCGGGCCGGGUUCGUGGCGACUGUGCCGCUGGGGCGCGGCUCAACUGCAGCUGAUGUGGCGAAUGCCUGCUGUUAUCUUGCGAGUGAUGAGGCCGAUUUCAUCACGGGUGUCAACUUGGAGGUGGAUGGCGGACGAUGCGUGUAAGCCGUGAUAAUCCGAAGUUCUUUUCUAGUUGUUGUUCCACAGUGUCACGGCAGGUCUGUAAUUUUGUCGUCUUCUCUACCAUGGCUUUAAAUGUUGUGACCUCGUCUACCGCCAUUCCGUAUUAUUCAUGACUCGGAGGGGCUUGGAAAGGCCGGAACAAC